AGUGCGUGGAUAAUGUGCGAGAGCAUGCUGAAGGAGAACAAUUAUAUAAAAGAAUCGUCGUCUAUCGAAAUUUCAACAAUCGUCACAGAAAUGGCGACUCAAAUGUUUAAUCGCAUUGUCGCUAUGGUACAUGAAAUGGAAUUACUGGAAGAUGAAAAACCUGUGAUUUCAAACGACGACGUGGACGACGGUCUUGAAGUGCAGAAACAGUGUGGUUCUAAUGAAGAAGAAAAAGAUUUGUGGGAAGGCGAUUUGACGGCCAGUCAUCAGCAAGACUUUAUAACAUUAGAAUAUAAAAAGAAAGUUGUCGCAAUGGCGAAAGCUCAUCCUAAAUGGUCUCUCGCAACACUACAAAAAAGAGGUGCUUCGUUAUUGAAAAGGAAGGAUCUUAUAAAAACUUGGGAAGCAACAAUUGCUGCUGGCGGAACUAUAUUUGAUAAAUAUGAAGCAAUAAAUAGCAUGACUUUCAAGAGAUUUGAGGAAGCAAAAAAUAACUUGGAGCAGGUCACUACCUCGACACUGCAACAAUGGGCCUUGAAUUAUGCACGCGAAUUGAAAUUCGAAAAAUUCGUGGCAAGUAAACGCUGGGCGACUAGAUUUAAGCACAAACAUGGUAUAGAGCAACAUAAAAUUACAAAAUUCUUGCAAAAAGCAGACGGGUGAUAUCUACGACACAUGGUAUAUUCAUGGAAAGCAAUGCUGAUGGAACUCGCAAGCUUGUGGUAAUACCUUCCAAGUAUAUCCGGUUGGUGCAGCCCUGCGACGUAUAUUUCUACCGUCAAAUCACACGUAUGAGUGGUUUGCUGCGAGAUUAAUGCUAAACAACGAGAAGCCAGAAUUUGAAAAUGUAAAUAAACUUAAAUCAAGUAUGCCUUAACAUAUUGUAAAUGUAAAAAAUGUAGCAUUAUUAAAUGCGUGUGAUGUAUAGAUACGUUACAUAUGUUUCCAUUGUUUUUACAAUUUGUAUCACUCUAAAUUUUGUAUAGAAUUUAUAAA